UACUAAUGAACGCUAUCACAAUAUAGAAUAUACGACUUUCUACCUUAAGUUGGCUGCAAUUGUCAUAUCUUAUUACACCUCCCACUAGCUGUUGCAAGGAAAUUUAUCAACCGUGACCGACGAUAAAACAUUUAAAAUACUGAAUAUUCCAAAUAUUGACUUCAUUAGAGUAACAGUGUUCGACAGGAAAUGACUGGUACCGAGACUAAACCGAGCCAAGUGGAUAAUAUACGUAUUCGCGUAAUAAAAUUGGGUGAAAGCGAUGACGUGCUUAAAUUCAUACGAAUACAUUUCUAUCCAGAUGAACCGAUGAAYAUUGGCAGCGCACAAGGACAUCCGGAUCUGGAAGAUGAGCAGUUCAAUAUUUCACAAAUAGCGCAUGGAACCAGCUUAAUGGCGAUGCAACAACAAACAGCUGGCAGUAUUCUAAGCGAACGCAUAGUUGGCGUUUUGUUGUCUGGCCCGAAGCAUAGUAAUGAAGCUGAACAUUUAUUUAAGGAGGCCGCGCGUUAUGGUUCAUCCAAUUGGGGUACGCAGGUGGGCAUAUUGGCUCAGGCCGAGCGCGACUSCAAUGUCUACGARCGUUAUAAUGUUGAGARAGCAUUGCAUAUACAUGCGCUGGCGGUCGAUAAGAGUUUACGUGGACUUGCAAUUGGUAUGAGACUUCUAGAAAAGUUCAAAGGAUUGGGGCUAGAGCUCAAGUAUCCACUUAUGACUUUGGACUGUACCAGCUUGUAUUCGGCGAAAUUAGCGGAACGUUUGGGUAUGAACUGUGUGAAUGUUAUUAAGUAUGCUGAUUAUCUGGAUAAGGAGGGUGAGGUAGUUUAUAAGCCGCCACCGCCACAUGAAUAUYUAAAAACGUACGCCAUGAGGCUGUAAAUCUUCGCACCUAAUAAAAUAUGUAAAAUUCUUGUACUUAUUUUCUAGAUUGAUGUCUAUAUGAGCUAUAUUAGGCACUAAGUGUGAUAUAGACUUUAAGCAAUAAUAAAUAUCUACGCCAUUGCAUUAAAAAGUGAAUUGUUCGAAGAUCCGUUUGCAAAGAAGGCCGCUUGGAGUGGUCCACUUUUGGCAAUUUAUCGUACUAUUGUAGAGCUAUUAUUUGGUAUACAUAAUUUGUGCUUAAAUAAAUGAAGUGAAUAUCCAACCCACAAGAAUCGGAAACCCCAAGCUGAAGAAACAUGACAAUAUUGCAAUUGGUACAGUUAGCGUCCCAAAAGAAAGGAUGCGCAAAGAAUGACACACUCYAACAGUUCUCACGACAUUCUUUUGAAACUUUUCAAGUUUUCAAAAUCUUCGCUGUGUGAAUUUGUACUCAGCAAGUCUCUCUCGUUAGUAGUAAAAUACCAACAAACGAAAGAAUUUCUAUUAUACCAGUA